CGCCCGCUGUAGACUGGAACUUCCGGUUCAGAUCUCUGUUUGAGUUCUGGCGGUUUGUUUUGAACGUCUAAGGCGAAAGAUAUGACCAUUUUUAAUAUUUUUUAACGUAGAACCAUUACGUCCGUACGAUGGACACACAAGCCACAUCUGUUCCAAAUCGGAUAAUCCGGAGAAUACCGAACAAAAAUAUAGAAAAUCUUUUGAAGAAAUGGAACUGUUUAUCAGCAGAUCAGCUGCGUGCCCUGGAUUACACACGACCCAAGUGGAUGAUAGUGGAACAUGUCAUCAGUUUCUGUGAGGAAAACAGACUUAACCUGAAGCACAUAACUACUUUGGAAAUGAUCUAUCAUAUAGAAAACCCCGAUCAAGGCACCUGGCAUGCAUGCCAGCUUGCUGAGGCACAGGAUGAUGCAGUUUGUGUAGAGUUGACACAGUUUAAAGAGCAGUUUAAGGCACACUUGCAUGGGGUCAUUCGGCAUAUUUCCAUUAAGAUGAAGAAACAUGAGGAUGAGGCUAUAUGGAUUCGGAUUGCAUGGGGAGACAACUUCAGCAAACCCAACCACCUUAAGCCAACUUAUGUUGUGCACCACCUGCACACUUCCUAUGUGUUUAUAUCCAACCUCAUGGCCAAACACAAGAUAUUUCUUUGUCAGGCAUUAGUAAUAGCCACUAAACAUGGCUCUAUAAAGGAUGGCCACCUGAGCACCAGGAGUCUCACUGCAAUGAGGGACUUACUUCUGAGACGUUAUCAGCAGGUUUUUCCAAAUGCACACUCAAGGAUCCCACAGGAAAGAAACACCCUUUCAUCCCAUCCCUGUAUUGGAAAGGAACACGGUGACCAUGAAGAGAUGAGACAUCAGAUGUCCUGUGAGGCAUUUGGACACAGUCCUUCACCAAAGCUAGAAACGGCAGUGUAUAGACUUGAGACAAGGUACAGGGGAAAUGGCAACCAGACCCUCAGUGACAGAGAGGAGUUCUUCAGAGGGGUGGUCAGGUUCUCAAGCAGCAGUCUGCUAGAUUCCUUGCGCCACUGCGUUGCUUCAGGCAUGGCUGAAGGUCCAGUUACUCCGCUAUUGUCAGCCAUCACUCAGAGAGGAAGGAAUUAUUUUGUGAUCACAGACAAAGGCCCUGGUGUUUCCAGCCAAGCAUCAGCACAGAGACCCUGAUCACAACAGACAUUGUAGAGAAAGAUCAAUUCAACCAGGAUGUGCAUACAAGAGAAUAUAUAUUUUGCAUCCUGCAAAAUAUAAAAAACAUUAGAGUAGUCAUGUGUAGAGUCUAUCAGUGUCAUAAGAGGACAUGUCUGAGACAGCUGUAAGGAUCGCUGAUCCAGCAAGGAGAGACAAAAUAUUUUAACAGUUAACCUUGGUAAUACAGCAUGUAUUAUUUUUAGCGUCAUUUGAGCAUGGUUUAAAUAAAGGUUUUGAUAGAAAAAAUUUUGUAUACGUCGAAACAAAUACCAUAUUUUUACUAAAAUAAAACUGGUAACAUCAAAGAAAAGCAAAUCUGAAGGCCUCUGACAUUGAAGAUUUACUUUUGUUCUAUAAAAGAGAACGUGUUGAAAAUACACUGAACCUGUAUAUCAACAGAAUUUUCUGGGGCCUUUUAUGAGCCAGCACCAAAAAAUGGAGUGAAAUACUUUAUGGAGGACUAGUUAUUUUCAUCAGCUAUGGCUCGUUAACGCUAGCACUUUGCCCGUUUCAAAUCAGACACAGAGAUUAAGUAGUGUGGCCCCAGAUAGCACACAUAUGUCAGCAAAAUGUCUGUUAAAGAUCGCUCCUGUGUGCAAACAUCUUAGAGACAUCUUUAAGAGAUGUCAGUUUUACAUACAUUCUAAAUCAAACAUCUUAAAAACAUUCUCUAAACAUCUAUUUGACAUCUGAUAGGAAACGUAUUGCAGGAGGCAACAAUCUGUCAAAGCAAUUUUAAUAAUAAAAGUCAUGGGGG